AAUCGCAAAACUUCCAAGUAACGGUGCUUUGUUUAUUUGUGCGUCUUUUGUGAUGUUUUUGAUUUUCUGCAUUUUCGCUAUAUUUCCAUUAAAAGUUAUCCGCAAUAAUGGAGGAAACUCGCGUCGUAGUGCUACUAAGUAACACAUCGACAGGGCAACCAGCUAAAGAGCCAACUGGCGAUACAUUCACUGGAACUCCGCCUGGACGGGGUCCGCCGCCACAGGUGGCAUUCGAAAAUGGUGGACAGGUUAGCAUUUUGGAUGAGAAAACUCUACGGCUGGUGUACUGCCAGAACGCCUCCAAGCCGCAUCUGCUGAUGGCCCAGAGUUGCCACUUUGAUGUGCUCACCGACAAGGAGAACGAGAACGAGCUGCCGGCGGUGCUCCACGGCAUGUUCGUGGAUCGGCGUGAUGGCUUCAUUAUGCACCUGAAGGUUGAGCGCGAAUGUCACCUGAUGUUCCUGCUUGACUCUCUGGUCAUUCAGCUCAAAGCGAAGCUGCAGCGUGAAUCCCUGAGGCUAGUUGGUGGAGCUGUGCGAUUCAGGAAGCUGCUGGAGGAUGACCGGGGCGGCGAGGGGGGAAACACUUUGGAGACGCACUUUGCGUUCAACAACAUCCACGGGUUGAUGACCUGGCUGCUGAAUCAGUACCGUAUGAGAGCGGACUUGAGCACGGGACCCGGCCACGAGGCCCUGGAGGUCGAAUACAUUGUGUCCCACUUGGAGCAGGAUCUCAAAUUUAAUGCGCGACUUUAUGUACUGCUUGUGGCCAUGGAGGAGCUGAGUGUGAGCUCGUUGUGUGGUUUGCGUUGCUACUUCAGCGAGGAUUUGCUGACUUCCGCUUUGGUGCCCACGCAAGUAACAUCCUUCAUCCAGGAUGCAGCGGAUCAGGCGAGCAUCAAGCCCCUGUACAUGAUCGUGCUUUUCCAUGUGAUGGCCAAGGGCAGCCAGGUGGAUGCCAAAAAUGUUCAGCUUCUGAGUUUGGCGCAUUUGAUUAGCCGACGCCAGCAUUCGCUGCAUCAGAAUCAAAUGUCUUCGACUAGCAGCUUGUGCUCUCAGCCAAGCCAAUCUGAGAUGUGUCAGCAGGCGCUUAACGAUGGCUUCAAGCUUGUACACGACUCCCUCCUGCAGUACGUGCGCCAGACGGAGCAGAUGAAGCAUUGCCGUCAAGUGUUCGACGAGCAAUUGGCGCAGUACGAGGAGCUGCUCCUGCAGAUAGCCAACACGGAGCUGCGACACAUGCUGCAGGCCUCCCAGUCGAGUCUACUGCAGCUGACCAGCCUGUUGGAGAAGCGUUCGUAGAGAAUCUUCAUUUCUUCUUUGUUGUAU